AAACAUGCAGACUCAAAUCUCAGCUUCUCUCUCGCUGGCCUGACCUAGAACAACAGGUUUAAGAAGAAUCUUUCACUUAAAACAGUCAGAAUAAGGAUACGAAACUUUUACAAAAAAAAAAACUUUUUUAAAAAGUCCUAAGACCCUGUUUAAGACUCUAAUCGCUCCCUGUCAAUGCUCUUCCUGAAAGUCACAACAGAUAGAUGAUCAGCGGAGAGGAGAAGAAGAAAGGAAGUAGUUAAGCUUCAAUCCAAAGGUCUUCUUAGCGCUAAUACCACAGGAACCCUGCGACGCCUGAGCCGAAAGCUUGGUGAUUCUGAGGAACAGCAGGAAUGACCUGAAUCAGAGGGUGUCUCUUGAUUGGCAGUGUCAUUUAGACUGGAUAAAGCAGAACUCUGCACCACAACUCUACUGAUCCAAACGGUUCCACUGGAUCAGGAUCACAGCACCAUGAAGAUCUCAGAGACUUCCCUGGACCUGGGCUCCACAGAUUACGCUGCCAGCUUGGACCCAAGCUACACCAUGCUGGAGUUUGAUAGUUUGAGGGUGCUGCCGGUGGAGACAGAUGCACUGCUUUCUGAAUCCUCCCCCGUGACCACAGUCGGCCUGCAGCAGCCCGGCGGCACUCUGUGCUCCAUCUGCGCAGACAAGGCCACCGGUAAACACUACGGCGCAAACAGCUGCGACGGCUGCAAAGGAUUCUUCCGCCGAAGCGUCCGCAAGAACCACGCCUACACCUGCAGGUUCAGCAGGCAGUGUGUGGUGGACAAAGACAAGAGGAACCAGUGUCGAUACUGCAGGCUGCGGAAGUGUUUCAGAGCUGGCAUGAGGAAAGAAGCUGUACAGAACGAGCGAGACCGAAUCAGCUGCCGGAGAGAGAACCAGGGAGUCGGCACGCUGACCAUCAGUGUUCUUCUGAAGGCGGAGGCCAGCACACAUCAGUAUAUAUCCCUGGUGCCGCUGGUGAGCGAUAUGAGCAGUAAGAAGAUCGCUCGCUCCGGUGACGUCUGUGAAUCUAUGAAGCAGCAGCUACUUCUCCUGGUGGAAUGGGCCAAGCGCAUCCCAGAGUUCUGUGAUCUGCCUGUGGACGACAGGGUAUGCCUGUUGCGAGCUCAUGCCGCCGAACAUCUCAUCCUAGGAGGGGCUCGCCGCUCGCUGCCCUACAGCGACAUCAUUCUGCUAGGAAAUGACUUCAUUAUUCCUGUGAGCGGCCCGGAGCGGGAGAUGUCCAAGCUGGCGGCACGUGUGCUGGACGAGCUGGUCCGGCCUCUGAGAGAGCUGGACAUCAACGACACAGAAUUUGCCUGCCUCAAGGCCAUCAUAUUCUUCGCUCCAGACUGUCCAGGACUGGAGAGCUCUCAGAUGGUGCGCAGGCUACGCUUCCAGGCCCAGGUGCUGCUGGACGAGGCGACCUGUGAGCAGCGGGGUCGUUUCGGGGAGCUGCUGCUGCUGCUGCCUCCUCUGCAGAGCAUGGCCUGGCAGAUGGUGGAGCAGCUCCAGCUGGCACGGCUGUUAGGAGAGGCCAGCGUGGACAGCCUCCUGCAGGAGAUGCUGUUGGGCGAGGGAGCAGCGAGGAGAGCUGAAACACAGUCAUCUACAGCCGCCGCAGGGUCACAUACGGAAGUGCUGGUUUUCAGCGCACCUGCGGAGGGAACCCUGCCCAGAAACCUGCAGACAGAACACAUCUCUCUAUCUAACUUCACAUCCGUUAUCCUCCCUGUUCCAUCCUCUCUGCCAGGUGUUCCCCUGCUCGCCACGCAGACUGGCACCCAGCUCUACACACACGGCCAGCCUGCAGACAUGCCCACAGAGAUGCCCAGCGGACUCGCCAUGCCAGCUGUCCACACCUGCCUCUGAGAAGAAGAGGAGACAAACAUGGUUCCACAAUCUGUGCAUCAUUCGUUCAUUUGAUAUUCAAUUGAGAAUCAAACUGUUUUUGAAUAUAAUACAAAAAAAAACAUAUAACUGCUUGUAUUUUUUCCCAAAAAUGGGAAAUUUAAAAUUUUUAAAAAGAUGAACUUGAAUAUUACCGUUCCACCUUAAAUGCUUAUUGCAGUAACACACAGACAGUCAUCCUUCAUCAGUAAAAGCUCUAUUUCCUUUAUUCAUGAUCAGAAUUUACUGUAUUUAUGGUCAUAUUUAUUCGCAAAAAACGAACUAAAAUGCAGCAGGGCUAAAAAAAAAUUAAUGCUAUUUUUAUUUUAUAUAUAGAACCACAAUAUCGGAAAUGAACUCUUUUUUUCUUAAAUUUGCACAAGAAUGUCAUAAUCACGCAGCUCGGGGGCUCACGCACACCUGAGCUUGUCUGCAUUAAGCACUUGGCUGUUCUUAAAAAACAACUUUCUUAAAUAAAAGGUCUAUGCUUCUUCAGUGUUGCAAUGUUAACUAAACACUACUUUUUUGUAGUUCUAAGCACAUUUUAUAUAUUGAAUGCCUUUCAAAUAAUAUAUUCAGUUUUAAGUCUAUUUUAUCACAGGGUUUCUGCAGCAUUUAUGUCAGGUUCUGUGAAAAAAAGAACAUAAAUACAGUAAAUUUCAUCCAUGAAUAAAGGAAAUAAAAGUUUUACUGAUGAAGGAUGACUGUCUGUGUGUUACUGCAGUAAGCAUUUAAGGUGGAACGGUAAUCUGAAUAAGGCACUGGGAAAAAAUCACAAUAAAAAAACACAAAUAACGGCUUGUUUCUUCUGUUUUUAUUUGAUGGAAAUAAAAAAAAAAAAAAAGGAUCAGAAGCCGAACUUGAUUUAGAUUUUUCACCAGGGUCUUAUUCAGAUUACUGUUCCACCUUAAAUGCUUACUGCAGUAACACACAGACAGUCAUCCUUCAUCAGUAAAAGCUCUAUUUCCUUUAUUCAUGACCGGAAUUUACUGUAUUUAUGUUCAUAUUUUCAUGAAUAAAGGAAAUAAAAGUUUUACUACUGAAUUUAAGGUGGAAAGGUAAUCUGAAUAAGACCCUGGUGAAAAAUCUAAAUAAUCCAUUAUUUUAAAAUUUCCCAUUUGUGUUUGGAUCAUCAAAUAAAUCAUUACAAUGUUUUUUGAUAUUAUAUUCAAAAACGGAAAACAAAAAUAAUGAAUUAUUUUUUGAAUUUUUCAGAUUUUGAUUUUCAAUUAAAUAUCAAAUUAACAAAUCUGUCAUUCAAUUGAGAUUGAGACUAAUUUUCCACCCAUACUCAUACAGAAACAUUUCCCUGUAUAUGAAUAAUGAAGGACUUAUGCAUAUCUACAGUUUGUGCUCUAUACUGUACUUGUUUCUUCUAAGACAAUAAAGAUCAUAUCUGUGCACUUUA